AGAGUUUGUGGGUGAGAGGCUCAGUUCUCAGGUUGUCUGGGUGAUAGUGAGUUGGAAUAGUGAAGAUGGCCUCCCAAGUGUGUCAGAACUACCACAAGGACUGUGAGGAUGCUGUUAACAAGCAGAUCAACCUGGAGCUCUAUUCCUCCUAUGUUUACCUCUCCAUGAAGCCAGAGCAGGAUGAGUGGAGUCAUGGUCUGGAGGCAAUGCAGAGAGCUCUACAGAUGGAGAAGGAUGUGAACCAGAGUCUGCUGGAUCUGCACAAACUUGCCUCUGGCAACACGGACCCUCAU